AUGUGCAAAGGUCAUACAUAACCUCAUACUAUUGCAAAUUAUUAAACAGAAAACACUGAUGAGUGUAAUACAUUAUCUGACAAAAUAUCCCUUCACGGAACCCUCUACAAGCCUCCUUCAGAUAAUCAUAGCUUAGAAAUUCUGAGGAAGCUUUUCAUUGUAUCCUUUAUAGCUUUUAUAUUCUUAGUUGCUGAAAUAGUUGGUGGUGUUAUUUCAGGUUCUCUAGCUAUUCUUAGUGAUGCUGCUCACAUGUUCUCAGAUUUGAGUGGAUUUUUCAUCUCGAUUGUUGCCGUUUGGAUAAGCUCAAAACCUGCUUCUAAAUCUUUAUCUUUUGGUUACCAUCGUUCUGAAGUUAUCGGAGCUCUUAUUAGUAUUAUUCUGAUUUGGAUAGUUACAAUAAUAUUGCUAUAUGAAGCUACAAUUAGAAUAGUCAAUAAAGAACCUGUUGAAUAACCUGUUUAUAUGCUUGCUACAGCUGUCUUUGGGUUAAUCUGCAACUUGAUAAUGGCUAAAGUUUUACACAGUGGUCCAGGACACAGCCACCACGGUUGCUCUCACGGACAUAGCCAUAGCCAUGGUGAUGGUCACAAUCAUAAUCAUGAUCAUGAUCAUGGUGAUACAAAUCAUAAACAUAAACAUGAAGGUGAACAUCAACAUGAGUAAAAUCAUAAGAAAUCACAUUGCAGUGGACACUAGCAUGAACAUAAAGUUCAUGAUCAUAAAAAUUAUGAUAAUAUGAAAGCUCUUAAACAGAAUGAACAUAAACAUGAUAGCAAUUGCUAACAUAACCACUAGAAUGAAUAAAAUAACCAGAAUUAACAAAGUGACUUAGAAAAUUAAAAAAACGACCAUAUUCAUAAUCACAAUAAUCACGAAUAACAUAAUCAUGAUGAAUGCAAAUCUAAUUCUGAUUAACCAGAGCAAUAAUAAUAAAAGAGCAACGAAAAUGCAAAUACUGUAAUUGCUCACUAACAUUCUGAAAAAUGUGACCAUAAUCACGACCACAAUCAUGAUCAUAAUCACGACCACAACCAUGAUCACGAUCACAAUCACAACCAGGAUCAUAAUCACGACCAUGACCACGACAAUAAUCACAAGCACGACUCUCAAUAAGAUAAGAAGAAAAAUAUAUCAUAGGUUGAAGCUAAAGAUAACUAUAAUCUAAGAGCAGCAAUGAUUCAUGUUUUAGGUGACUUACUAUAAUCUAUUGGAGUUCUUAUUGCAGCAUUCUUGAUUUAUUUCUUGGGUGGAGAUGAUGGCUUUAACUAUUGGCAUCUUGCUGACCCUAUUUGCACAUAUAUCUUCUCAAUUCUUGUUUUACUAACUACUAAAAACGUUAGCAUUGAUUGCUUUAAAGUAUUAAUGGAAGGUACACCAUCAUAAAUAGAUGUAUAAAACUUCAAGGAAAAGUUGUUAAAGAUAGCAAACGUAAUGGAAAUACAUGACCUACAUAUUUGGUAGUUAUCUUAAGGCAAACCAUCAUUGACAUGCCACAUUUUCAUUUCUGAAAACCCUCGUGAGGUUCUAAAUAAAACUACUGAACUAUGCAGACAGUAUGGCAUUUAUCAUAGCACUAUUUAAAUCGAAGAAUGGAUAAUGAAAGACUCACCUCAUUAUAUAAAAUGUGAUCAUAAUAUUCAUUUUUGA